AUGUGUUUGUUCUUCUUGUCCUCUACCACUUCCUGCUCUCAUUUCAUUGCUGAUCCUUUUUUAUUGCCCAAUUUCAUUUUAAGAGGAGUACCAGGCAUUCUGGAGACAAGAACAAUGACAUCAUCACUUUAG